UCUCCCAAAUUGCUUCUGCUUAGAGAAAUCAUGAAAUUUCUAAAUCUGUUUGGUCGCCUCAAUUCUGUGGUUAUUGGCAUGGUUCAUGUAAAAGCCUUACCAGGAACACCGCUUUCUUCCAUGAAAAUGUCUGAAAUUGCAGAGGUGGCUUGUAGAGAGGCUGAAAUCUACAGUGAUGCAGGAGUGGACGGUCUGAUUAUUGAGAACAUGCAUGACAUCCCGUACACAUUCAGUGUGGGCCCAGAGGUGUGUGCAUGUAUGACCGCUGUCUGCUCUGCUGUGAGGGGCCAGUGUCCAUCUCUGCCUCUGGGGGUCCAAAUCUUGUCCUCUGCUAACCACCAGGCCCUGGCUGUCGCUUUGGCCUCAGAUCUUAACUUCAUCAGAGCUGAGGGCUUUGUCUUCUCUCAUGUGGCUGAUGAGGGCCUGUUGAAUGCAUGUGCUGGAGAGUUACUCAGAUACCGUAAGCACAUCGGAGCAGAGCAUGUGCAUGUUUUUACAGACAUCAAAAAGAAACACAGUUCACAUGCUUUGACCUCAGAUGUGAGCAUUGCAGAAACAGCUCGCGCUGCAGAGUUCUUUCAGGCAGACGGUCUCAUCAUCACAGGAAGUGCCACUGGAGUGCAGGCAGACCCACAACAGCUCAGAGAGGUUUCUGAAUCUGUGAAGAUACCCGUUCUGAUUGGUUCUGGAGUCACAUAUGAAAAUGUGGAAGAUUACAUGGAGGCAAAUGCGAUGAUCAUAGGUUCACAUUUUAAGAAGGAUGGACACUGGGCCAAUGUAGUAGAUGCAGAGAGGGUGAAGAAGUUUAUGAAGAAAGUGCAACAACUCAGACAAUGAGAACUGAUUCAGGCCUAACAUAAAAUAUCAGAACUAACUUUGUUCUUACCUGCUUGUUUACAUGGAGAUGGGGAUCUCUAAGGUAAGCUCAUUAAGUUACAGUUCAGAUCUGUGGAGAGGUAAGCCUGCUUACAGUAACAAUAACAAAAGUAACAGUACUUUGGACAAUCUCAUUUUUGACAUUUGUUCAGUCAAAUUUACUUUGUAUGAACUGUUUUACUGAUAAAUAUUUGUUCAAAGUCUGUGAAAAUAAUGUAUUUAAACCAUUAAUAAACAUUACAAAACAGAGCAGGGAGGAGUUGAGUCUGACUGUUAGAAACAGAAAUGAUCACAUUUGACCACAAUUAUCCAAGUUCGCUGUUGUACUAUUUCUAGGAAUGAACCUUUGAUAUGAAUACAUUUGAGCUUAGCAAUAUGUAUGGCAGACAGAACAGUACACAUAAAAAGCACGUUUAAAAGCUUUAAACCCGGUAAAUUACAAAGGUGACAAAUCAGACCGGGUCCCAAAUUGGGUAAUGACAAUCAUACUGAGAAGUAUUUCUAGGCAAAUAAAAGCAAAGCGAUAACAUUGUGAUGCAUGUGGUGGACUGAUUGACAUUGUGAGUCAAGUUACAUAGAGUGCUUUUAACAAAAAAAGUAAAACAAUAUUGUGGCAUGAAUUAUGAGUAUUUACAUUAAGCCUUUUUCCUUUUAUCCGUAAUUUGUACUAUAUAGUGAUGUAUAAUGUAAAGUGUUAACACAGAAAUGUCAGUAUAUUUUUAACCACAUAUAAAAGUCAAUAACUCACUCAUGUAACAUCCAAAUUGUUACCUAACUGGGACUAAACUUGGGACAAAACUAAUCUACAUUAGGAUUCAUUAUAAUUGUAAAAAUUGUUGUA